CUCUUCAUCUCAUGCUGCCUGACUUCCUCCCAGCACAUUCCUGCACUCCGCCCGUGUCCACACUGCCCCGCAGACCCAGUCCCCUGAGCCCACCGUGGCCUCCCUCGUAAGCCCCACUGGCUGGGUCUUGCUGUGGUGCCAGCAGGUGGCCCUGGGCUGGGGGCAGGGGGCUCCCUACAAGGGCACGCAGCCCUGAGACCUCAGAGGGCCACACCUCGAGGGUGGCCAGGCCCCCAGCGGCCCACCCGAUUGCCAUCUCUGACCCCAGCCCUGCUGGCCCCUGGUACCACUGGCCCCCCAGAUGCCUGGCUGAGACCCAGCAGUGGCCCAAGCUGCCCACGCCUCCUCCUGGCCCCCGAGGUUGGCACUGCAGCGGACGACUCCUUGGGUACCAGGCAGCUAACGGACGCAGCCGCCAGCCCAAGCAGCAGUGGCAUGGGCAGCGCCAGCCCGGGCCUGAGUGGCGUCCCCCCCAGCCGCCUCCUGCUGCCCCCCGACACUGUGCUAUGGACUGGCCUGGAGAAGGUGGCAGUGGGGGCAGGGGCAACGGGGCCCGAGAGAUGGGACUGGAGCCCCAGCCCACCUGCCACACCUGAGCAGGGCCUGUCCACCGUCUACCUCUCCUACUUCGACAUGCUGUACUCCGAGGACAGCAGCUGGGUGGCCAAGGGCCCCGGGGCCAGCACUCGGGAGGAGCCGCCCGAUGAGCCCGAGCAGUGCCCCGUCAUCGACAGCCAAGCCCCAGGGGGCAGCCUGGACCUGGCGCCGGGUGGGCUGACCCUGGAGGAGCAUUCACUGGAGCAGGUGCAGUCCAUGGUGGUGGGCGAGGUGCUCAAGGACAUCGAGACGGCCUGCAAGCUGCUCAACAUCACGGCAGACCCCGUGGACUGGAGCCCUGGCAACGUGCAGAAGUGGCUCCUGUGGACGGAGCACCAGUACCGGCUGCCCUCCGUGGGCAAGGCCUUCCAGGAGCUGGGGGGUAAGGAGCUGUGUGCCAUGUCGGAGGAGCAGUUCCGCCAGCGCUCGCCCCUGGGCGGGGACGUGCUGCACGCCCACCUGGACAUCUGGAAAUCAGCGGCCUGGAUGAAAGAGAGGACGUCCCUGGGGGCGAUUCACUACUGUGCGUCGACCAGCGAAGAGAGCUGGACGGACAGCGAGGUGGACUCGUCCUGUUCCGGGCAGCCCAUCCACCUGUGGCAGUUUCUCAAGGAACUGCUGCUGAAGCCACACAGCUAUGGCCGCUUCAUCCGGUGGCUCAACAAGGAGAAGGGCAUCUUCAAAAUCGAGGACUCCGCACAGGUGGCCCGGCUGUGGGGCAUCCGCAAGAACCGCCCCGCCAUGAACUACGACAAGCUGAGCCGCUCCAUCCGCCAGUAUUAUAAGAAGGGCAUCAUCCGCAAGCCGGACAUCUCCCAGCGCCUGGUCUACCAGUUCGUGCACCCCAUCUGAGUGCUGCGGCCAGGCCCUGGGCCCGAACCUUGCCCUCACCAGACCUCCUCCUGCCUGCCCUGCCUCAGCCAGACCCUGAGCUGGGGGACAGGGCAGUCUGCUGGCAUCCGGAGUUCAAGGUCAGGGAGGGGAUGGCCCCUCACUCCACGGGUGUCAGUGAGCUCUCUGGGGCCUGAGGGACCCCGGGGUGGGCGUGCUUUCUCCUUGGGCCUGACUGCUCCUGCGCCCAGUCCACUGGAGGACGGGGGAAGCCAGGGCUGUUCUCAGUGUUCAUGGCACCCCAGGGAAGGCCCUCCCUGCACCCAGCCUCUGACCCCAGAAGUUCCAGAGCAGAUCCAACAGAACGGCAGUGACUUGGCCAAGGCCACUCGCAGUCCAGUGCCCUCUGCCACCCAUUCUUUACCGUGCCUGGCAUGGUGCGGGGACAUCUACACUCCCAAGUUGGGAAGCCAGGGGUGCCCUGGGGAUGGAUAAUAAAGAUACUAGAGAAUUGA